UGUGAAGGCCAUUCACAUUCCUGCUUCCUGUGAUGGCGAAACCGCCAGUAUUUUUUACCUUCCAGUUCUCCAUCCCCGCUGCGCUGCCUACGGCGGCAGUAUGGCGUAGCAUGAGCAUAGCUCUCCGUCGCCACGCACCCCAAAACCCAUAAAAGGCUCGAGACCGCGGCCAGCUACCGAGCCUUAAACACGCGCUCUCUCCUCCUGCAUCUCCGCCCGCCAUGGACUCCAUCCCGCCGCCCGCGCCGCCGUACGCCGGGGACCCCCUCGCCGUCACCAUCCCCCCGCCGUCAUUGCCGCCGCCGCCUUCCUCCUCGCUCAACCUCUCCCCGUCGCUCCUCAUCAUCGCCGCGCUCCUCGCCUUCGUCUUCUGCGCCUCCAUCUCCAUCCACUUCCUCCUCCGCUGCCUCUCCUCGCGCCAAACGUCCUCGCCGGCACCGACCGCUGUCUCCAGGGCGCUCGGCGCCUCCUCCCGCUCCGACGCCGAGGCGGCCGCCCCUUCGGAGACACCCGCGGCGGGCCCGGCGGCAGCGGCAGCGGGCGAGGUGGUCGACGACGAGAAGGAGCGGCUGAUCGCGUCGCUUCCGCUAUUCACCAUGGCGUCGGCCCUGGCGGCGCUGCCCAAGAGCUCCCCCGACUGCGCCGUCUGCCUGUCGCCGUUCGUGCCCGACGCCGAGCUGCGGCUGCUCCCGGCGUGCCGCCACGCGUUCCACGCCGCCUGCGUCGACGCGUGGCUCCGCAACACGCCGUCCUGCCCGCUCUGCCGCGCCGCCAUCUCGCUCCCGCACCCGCCUCUUCCCACCGCCUACACCGCCGCCGCCGCCGCGCAGCAGGAGCCGCUGGACGCGAGGAGCAGCAGCAACGCGUCCAGGAGCUUCCGCGUCGAGAUCGGCAGCGUGAGCAACCGACGCUCGUCCGCCGCGGGGGACGACCGCCGCACAUACUCCCUCGGCUCCUUCGACUACCGCGUGGACGAGGAGGUGGAGGCCGUGGUGGCGCGCAUCGCGCGCCCCGCGGCGGCGGCGGCCAAGUCGGCGGUGGCCGGGCAGCGCGCCGCGCCGCAGGGCCCGGGCGAGGCGCUGGCGGAGGCGGCGGGGUCGCGCGGGUGGCUCCGGGAGUACGUGGACCGGCUGGCCUCCUCGGCGUCGUCCCUCUCGGGGCGGUGGAGCGCGCGGUGGAGCCAGAGCCACCACAGCCACCGGCAGGAGGACUCGUGGCGGUGGGACCCCGAAGCGGCGGCCAUGGCGGCGCCCCGUCCGGCGGACGAGGACGAGGCGGGCCUCAUGGGCCUGUACCGCUGGAUCGUAGGCGUAUAAUAGGAGGAUUAUAAUUACAAUUAGCCCGUCUGUAAUUUCGGACCCCUGAAGUUUUUUUUGUCGACUUCCAUAUUAUAUUAGGACUCUGAUGUACGUAAAAAUAGAAUCGGCCCCAGAGCCAGAUGAUGAGCUUUGUUGGAUCGAAGCUUCCGUUGAUUUGGGC